CAUCGGUAUAUUAAUUGAAAUGCCUGCAUGCGAAGAAGAGGACGGUUCGUGUCCCGGUUGCUCAUCAUAGCCUGUACUUUACUUCUGAACACUUAUUUUAUUACUUACUUUUUCAAUUAGUAUUUUUGUUUGUUUUUUGGUGUUAAGAAUCCCUGCGCCAUCAUGAAUCCGCCCUGUGGAAGAUGCAAUAAACCAGUUUACCCAACAGAAAAAAUUAAUUGCCUUGAUAAGUAUUGGCACAAAGGUUGUUUCAGCUGCGAGGUCUGCAAGAUGGCCCUGAGCAUGACGACCUACAAAGGCUUUGAGAAGAAACCUUACUGCAGUAUGCAUUACCCCAAAACCUCCUUCACCAUUGUGGCCGACACUCCAGAGAAUCUGCGUCUCAAGCAACAGAGCAUGCUCAACAGCCAGGCGCUCUAUAAGGAGGACUUUGAAAAGAACAAGGGCAAAGGUUUCAGCGUGGUAGCCGACACUCCGGAGAUGCAGAGAGUGAAGAAGACUCAAGACCAGAUCAGUCACGCUCUUUACAAGGAGGACUUUGAAAAGAACAAGGGGAAAGGUUUCAGCGUGGUGGUCGACACUCCGGAGAUGCAGAGACUGAAGAAGACGCAAGAUCAGAUCAGUAACAUAAAGUACCAUGAAGACUUUGAGAAGAGCAGGAUUCGAAGUGACGCACCUCCUCCUGAGAAUAGACAAGACUAUGAGGAACAACCCAGCAACCCUGAGAGAUUCAGUCAGCCGCCAGUCGGACAAACGUGUCCUGCUGCGGUAGCACCACCUAGUGGAGGGAAACGUUACCAGGCUGUGUACAGCUACACAGCAGCAGAUGCAGAUGAAGUUUCUCUGCAGGAAGGCGAUCUGAUCUUAAACGUGGAGCAGAUAGACGAAGGGUGGAUGUUCGGGUGCAACCAGCGCACGGGGCAGCGCGGCAUGCUUCCUGCUAACUACGUCCGACCCGUGUAAAGCUACCAGACACCCCUUCAGCAUGAGAUGCCCCUUGUUUCUGCUGUGACCAUCAACUAUCAGGCCUAAACUCAAAAUCAACUCGUAGAAAUGAAAAAAAAGAAUCAAUCUCAACUCUCCUUUUUUCAAUUGGAGGUUAAAAAGUGAUGGUAGUGUCCGAUGGGUUCUCAAAAAAUUUGAUUAGUUGGAAUGACAUUUCCCUUUAGGGAAAACGGUGAUAGUAAAGUUUGAUGUAUCUGUAACUGAAACUCACGGAAGAGUAAGGGGGAAAAUAUUCACAAAUGAAAAGAAACAUUGGUAAAUAAAGCUAACGAUAAAACAAAAAAAAAAGCAUUUUCUUCUUAGGAAACAUUUACCUUUUUAUGUAUGUGUCCUUCAGCUUUAAAGUUUAAAUGCAUUCAAAGUGUCAAGUCAUGAAAUGUUCUGCAUUUGAAUAACUCAUUCCAUUAUCUUCUAAAACACAUUUAGAGAAAGAAUAUCGUCAUCAUUUAGGCCGAUUUGUAUUGAAAGUUAAAUACAUAAUUUGCAAUCCUUUUUUAAAGAAUAAAGAAUAGUUUUGCGGCA